UAACAAUACUUUUUAAUAUUCAGUUCCUUCACUUCCCGAGGCCCGAGCGUGAGAUGAAGCGUCGGCCGUCGGUGUUUUUCAAUUUGUUUUGAUUUCUUGUCAAUUGUCAUUUCGCUAUAAAAUUGUUUGAUGUUUGUUUCAAGUGUUCUUAAUUAAAUGUGUAUUUCUAAAUCGUACAUUCUCAAGAAAUCGUUUCAGUAACAUAACGGUUCUAAAGUUGAGUAAAGAAUUGAAAUCUUCGAAAUAAAAUCAUAACCUAAAAAUGUCUGAUGAUGAAGAUAUUAUUUUGGCAAAAAAACCCAAAGGGUUACACUAUGGAUCCUUGGAAGAACAAGAAAAGGCAAGACUGGCAGCAAUUGCUGCAGCAGCCAAGGAAGGAGUCGAGGACAGCGGCGGCAAGGACUUGGGGGACAUACAAAUAUCAAAUGAAUAUAUGGACCUUGAAGAUGAAAUGUCCAAAGACAAGAAAGCUCUUCUGGAAGAAUUUGAAAGACGUCGCAAAGCUAGACAGCUGAAUGUGUCCACUGACGAUGAUGAGGUAAGAAGAAGCUUACGACAGUUGGGUGAGCCAGUGUGCCUUUUUGGUGAAGGUCCAGCAGAGAGACGAGUUCGAUUAAGAGAUUUGUUAAGCUACCUUGGUGAAGAUGCUAUCCAUAAGAAGUUAGAGGAGGAGGAAGCUCGUAUCGAACGUGACAGAGGGAGGGAAGGAACCUGGUACCACGAGGGACCACCAGAGCUCCGAGAGGCAAGACUGUGGAUAGCUCGCUACUCACUCCCUCGAGCCAAGCUUAGACUAGCGGCAGCUCGCGAGGAGCUGCAGCUGCCGGGCAGCGUGCGCGCCGCCGCCAAGCAGGAGUCCCAGCGGAAAGCCUCCGCCAUGUCCAUAUACUGCAGUCAGAUCGGAGACACGAGGCCGAUCAGUUUCUGUCGGUUCAGCAGCGACAGUCAGAUGCUCAUCACCUCCAGCUGGUCAGGUCUGGUGAAGGUGUGGUCGGUGCCGGAGUGCCGCGCGCUGCAGACGCUCAAGGGUCACACGUGCAACGUCAGCGCCGCCGUCUUCCACCCCAAAGCCGAGAUGCCGCCGCACUUCCGGGAGAAGCUGGAGAGCGAUAAGGAAGGCGAGGCAGCAGCAAUGGACACGAGCGAGGCGCCGGCCACUGUCAGCAUGGCGUCCUGCGCCUACGACGGCACCGUACAUCUGUGGAGCUUCGCCAGCGAGUCACCCAUCGCAUCUCUAGAGGGUCACUCGCCGGCGCGGGUGGGUCGCGUGGAGUUCCACCCGUCGGGGCGGUACGUGGGCAGCACCGUGUUCGACCGCUCGUGGCGGCUGUGGGACGUGGAGGCGCGCGUGGAGCUGCUGCACCAGGAGGGGCACGCCGAGCCCGUCUACAGCCUCGCCUUCCAGGGGGACGGCUCGCUCGCCGCCACCGGGGGCAUGGACGCGUUCGGCCGCGUGUGGGACCUGCGCACGGGGCGCUGCGUGAUGUUCCUGGAGGGGCACCUGGGGCCCGUGCUCGGCGUGGACUGGUCCCCCGCCGGCUACCAGCUCGCCACCGCCGCCUCCGACAACCAGACCAAAAUCUGGGACCUGCGGAGACGGACCGCCAUCUACACAAUACCCUCGCACACGCAUUUAGUCAGUGACGUGAGGUACCAGAGGAGCCACGGUCACUACCUGCUGACGAGCUCGUACGACAAGACCGCCAAGCUGUGGUCCAACCCCGCCUGGCACCCGCUGCGCACGCUCUCCGGACACGAUAACAAGGUGAUGAGCGCCGACAUAUCUCUGGACAACAAGUACAUAGCGACGUGCUCACACGACAGAACGUUCAAGCUGUGGGCGCCGGACCUCGCAUGAAAUAUAUUAUAUGACUGA